AUGGUUCUUCCGGUUACAAUUUACUGGGGUCCUGUGGCCCUGUCCACAGCUCAACAUGUCACACCCAUCCAAGCCCCACCAUCUUCUACAGCUCCUCAUACUACUCUUUUCAGAGAUCCACCCCCCAAGUUCACUGAGGAGGGCCUGGCUGGGCUGAGACCGCUGGCGUGGAGUCAUGGCACUCCAUCCGUCACAAACAACAGAGCGAGAACAUUUUACAGUAGUGCCCUGAACACAGUAUACGUUCUGGAAAGUCCAUCUGCUUUCUCCAGCAACUCGAGCCGUUGCCCUUGCUCACCUCCGUCGCAUGCUUCAGUUCAGGCUGCGGGUCGGGAGGCUGGUCCUAUUCACAGCAUCCCGAUUACCAGCUCCCAUCCUGGGCAUCAUUUGGAGAAGGAAAAGGAAGCCCUGUCUUUAUCUGUACAGCUGUUGAAUGUCCGAGUGAAUGCAGCAAAUGACAUUCUGGCCAUUCAGGAGAAAGAGCUCUGCGAACGUGUGCAGUCUGACCCAUUGUACUCUGGCAGCAAGGCUGGGCAGAUGUUGAGUGUUUGGAGACAGAAGGUUUUUAAGCUGCUUGUUAAACUACAGACCAGAGACUUACACCUCCAUGCAGAGAAAACACAGCUACACGACAUGGUUUCCUCUCUACAGCAAAAAGUGAAAUGUUUGCAGUCACAGAACAAUGUACUUCAGCACCACCUAGAGGAAAAAACAGCUCAACUGGAGCUUCACCACGCACAUACUCAGGGAUUACAGCAGCAGUUGGACAGUGCAGUGCAGGAGAAUGCUCAGCUGAAAGAGUGGAAUAAAAAUGCAGAGGGAUCACUGAUUGAUGUCAGUGAAACAGCACACAGGGUGAUGUCAGCCAUAGAAAUUAAGAUAGGUCAGAUGGAAGCAGUUCAGUCCGGUGUAAGUCAGCUGAAUCAGAAACUCACCUUCGCAGCCAAACGACUGGACACAGUACAUGGACUGCUGUUGAGGAAAGAAACUCUGUGGAAAACUAAACAAACCACAAGGUCUUCAGAGCCGGCAGUUUUGGAGAGCUUUGUUAAGAGCAUCAAGAGUGAGGUAGCACUGUUGAGUUUGGAGAGAGAUAAAUUCACACAGGAGCUCAAACGUACACCUGAUCUCAUCCAGGCCUCCCUGUCAGGGCUACAGCUACAGCGAGAGAGAGAGGUGGGCCAUCUGAAGGAGGCUCUGUUACACAACAAGGAGGAGUUGGAGGCAUCAGAAUUGAGCCGAAUGGAGAUUCAGAGACAAUGUGAGGAGCAGGAGGGGAUCAUCGCGGAGCUCCGUGCUGAGGCCCAGAGACUGCAGCAACAGUGUGAUUUAGUGUUACACAGGGUAUCAGAAGUUGAGAGUUUUUGUGCAGAGAAGCUCAGAGAAAUGGAGGCACAACUCAAAACAGCAAGAAGAGAGCACACAAAAGCAGUGGUAGCUUUGCGGCAGGUACAAAGGCAGGUGGAGAGAGAGAAUGAGCACAUGAAAGAGGCAGAGAAAGAAAGAAAAGAACACACACAUUCACAGAUCAUGCAUCUGCAGAAACAGCUAAAAGACAAGGACAAAGACCGCAGCCUUCCCCUGGCAGUUGUUCAGGAACAGGGUUUGAUGAACGAAUAUAAGAGACUAAGAAGAUCAGCCAUCUAGACGACUGAAGCAUUAAAACAAAAAUAUCAUCAUCAGUCUGAGAGCAGCAUUCCUACAGCACCUCAAAGUCUGCAGGGGGCGCUGCAGGCUCUUAGUGCUGCAGUGAUGGGCAGCUCAGAGGAAGAGGAUGAUGAGGAAGGUCAGGCCUUCAAUGAGACACAAACAGCCUCUUGUGCUGACACACAUAAAGAAUUGUGCUGAACACACCAAUGAAUUUUCUCUCACUCAUAUUUGCUGUCUGUCCCCCCUCUCUCAUGGGGUUUGAUGUCUGUUUAUAAUUUAAUA